CCUUUCUCUCUCUAUAUUACACGCACUAACUGUGUGCUGCAGCUGCUGCACUCGGGCGCCAUGGACGCCAAAAAUUUCAAUUCUGAUAAUAAUAGUAGCAACAAAAGCCCGAGCUGCGAAGGAGAAGAUGAAGCAGCAGCUCAGAAUUCAAAGUCCAGGGAAGAAUUUGACGAAAAUUCUCGAGGUGGUGGUGGUGGUGAUGGUUAUGAGCAAGUGAAUUCUAAAACUGUUGACAACAGUUCAAUUCCAGUAGUAGUAGCUCAGAUGAGUAAUAACAGAGCUUCGUCUACUCCCGAAACCCUAGCUACCGCCGCCUCGAGUGAUCUCCACUGCAAAUUCGAGGUGGCGGUGGACAAUGAAAUGCAACGGUUGGAGCCGGCCGAGGAAUUGAAGGAUCAAGUUGGCAUGUCCUACCAAGAAGAAUUCAGAAUCAUUGCAGAUCAAGCUGUUCCAGAUCAGACACAGAAUCAGCAAGAGCCACCUAAUGGUCCACGUUCAUCAGAACCAUCUCCAACUUCUGUUACUCAGCCGAUUUCAUCCGUUCCAAGUCCUACUCUUCCAGAACAAAAAAUGUCACCUGGAGAUAACAGAAACACCUCACACACAUCAGAGGCAGACAAAAAGAAUUCAUUUGACCCAAAAACUUUAUCUGUUGUGUCCAUUCAAAAAACACCUUCCCCUGAUGGCUACAACUGGCGGAAGUAUGGUCAAAAGCAAGUUAAGAGUCCUCAAGGCUCUCGGAGUUAUUAUAGAUGCACGUACUCUGAGUGCUGUGCUAAGAAAAUUGAAUGUUCUGAUGAUUCUAAUCGUGUUAUGGAAAUUGUUUAUAGAAGUCAUCACAAUCAUGAUCCUCCUCAAAAAGUAAAUUGCACAAGGGGAAGCAGGCAUUCAUUGUCAAUUGCCCCUGCAAAUGGGAGUGACUCUUCGGUUGCUCCAAUUGGAGCUACAGCUGAUUCAGCUCCUUCCACUUCUUCAAAAGACUCUGUACAGGAAACAGUUAGUGUACCAGAUCCAAUACAAAAGGAUUCCAGUGAUUCAGAUGAUAAUGCUGAAACUAAUAUUAAGCAGGAGCGAGAAGAUGAACCUGAACCAAGCAAAAGAUUGAAGAAAACUGUUGCUAGCUGCUCUGCUCCUCUUUUAAAACCUGGAAAGAAACCAAAAAUUGUGGUCCAUGCUGCUAGUGAUGUGGGAAUCUCAGCAGAUGGCUACAGGUGGCGGAAGUAUGGGCAAAAGAUGGUCAAGGGGAAUCCUCAUCCAAGGAACUAUUAUAGGUGUACUUCAGCAGGAUGUCCAGUUCGAAAGCACAUUGAGAGGGCCAAAGAUAACACAAAUGCUGUCAUAAUAACCUACAAAGGUGUACAUGAUCAUGACAUGCCAGUACCAAAGAAACGUCAUGGCCCACCUAGUGCUCCACUUGUUGCUGCUGCUGCUCCUGCUUCAAUGAGCACUGUGCAGGUAGUAAAAUCUGAAACCAUCCAGAAUCAAGUAUCUGCCACCCAGUGGUCAGUAGACAAAGAAGGUGGACUGAAAGGUCAGACAUUGGAAUGUGGAGGUGAGAAGAACGUUGAAUCUGCUAGAACUCUCUUAAGUAUUGGGUUUGAAAUCAAGCCUUGCUGAAAUUCCAGUCUCCAGUCUGAGCAAAGAUAGUGAGUAGGACUGGAUGGCAUAAAGAAAAAGUAUCUUUUGGAUAAGAUGCUUUCUUUGCUUGAUUUUAUCUCCUUGUGUGUUUCCUUGUCAAAUAUAGGUAUGCUUCAUUUAUCUAGCUGUUUGUAUGGCUUUUUAGUAGGUUAGACUGAUUGAUAGUGCUGGAAUAGCAUAGGAUUGGCUGCUUCAUCAUGUACAUUGUUGUGCACUAAUUAAUCGAAAUGGUAAGCUAAACAGAGAGUUUCUUGUGCUUGUCAAGUUUAGUUGACUUUGAUAUGGGCAAUCUGAGAGCAAUAGAGGCCUGUUAUGUUUUCUCUGUA